AUGAGAAGUGAGUCAUUUGAUUAUUUUCAAUAUAUGAAGCCUAUGAUAUCAAGCAUAGGCUACAUUCAAGACAAAAAGAAUGAAUAUUUAAAAAAAGCGCUACUCCCAAGAUCAUCAAGACCAUGCUCAAAACAAAUGCAUUAUAAAGAAAGAAUUCCAGUAGAAAUCCGAAUUCAACGGGCAUUUGAAAAAGCUUCAGAAUUCUCUCAAAAUAAUUUAAGCCAGAAACAAAUAUUGAGAAAAGGCAGUUUUGCUUUUUUAGUUAAAGAAAGAAGCGAAUUUGUUAAGAGCAGUGACUCGCCACCUCCUAUAGGAAGAUACACCCCAAAUAAUGAAUUUCUUAUGAAAAAAUCACCAGAAGUUAUAUUUGGGAAAGCAAAAUUACCAUGAGAAAUUGAAAAUGAAAGAAAAAUUCGAGCUAAAAGCUGCGAUAUUUCGGUAGAAUCUACAUAUAUAUUUGAAAAUGAGAAAAAGAAAAUUAAAGGUAUACCGUUCGACAAACAAAUAAGCAGAAAAUCACUAUUAAAUAAUAGUUCAUAUGAAAAAAUAUCUUUAACAAGAUAUUCGAGUAAGUGCUUACGGCCUUCUGAUAGGAUAAAUAAAAUAGAAAGUAUUAUCAAUAAGAAGGUAUUUAAAAAACGAAGUGAAAAUAGCCCAAAUCUGUCGUUUAUUAAACGUCAGUCUAAAAGUUUUAUGAUUCUCUAA